AUUUCUUUAGGCUACUCUCAUCAUCCAAUGUCAUAAAUAAUACUACCUAUAAAUGAAAAUAUAAAAUAUAAAAUAAUCCUACAUGCAAAAUCUACAACCAAAUCUAUAUUACACCAAACUUCCUUAUAUAUGCAUAUGUAUAUAUUAUUUUUCUCUAUAUAUUACAUGUAACACCAAUAGAUAGAUCUCUAUUAUUACUACUACUACUACUACUACCACACAUUACUCACUCACUCACUCACAUAUAUGAUCAUAAUAAUAUGGAUAUGGGGUUUUUGAUAGACCCUGUGCUGUGGUCCUCCACCCUCCUCUGCCUCCUCCUCCACCUGCUGCUGCGCCGCGUCCUCCUCCUCCGUCGCCGCGGGGGCCUGGCGCCACUGCCGCCAGGCCCCUACGGCGUCCCCGUGCUCGGCGCCCUCCCCCUGAUCGGCGCCGCCCCGCACUCGGCCCUCGCGCGCCUCGCGCGCCGCCACGGCCCGAUCAUGUACCUCAAGAUGGGCACCUGCGGCGCCGUCGUGGCCUCUUCCCCGUCUGCCGCCCGCGCGUUCCUGAAAACCGCCGAUGCGCAGUUUGCGAACCGCCCCGCCGUCGCCAGCGCCCGCGACAUCACCUACGGCUUCCACAACAUGGUGUUCGCCAACUACGGCCCCCGCUGGAAGCUCAUGCGCAAGCUCGCCAGCCUGCACCUGCUCGGCGCGCGGGCGCUGGCGGACUGGUCGCACGUCCGGCGCGACGAGGCGCGCCGGAUGGUGGGGGGCAUGCGGGAGAGGAGCGCGGCGGGGCAGGCGGUGGUCGUGCCCGACGCGGUGGUCUGCGCGCUGGCGAACAUGGUGGGGCAGAUCACGCUGAGCCGGCGCGUGUUCGACUCGCAGGGCACCGCGUCGAACGCCUACAAGGACAUGAUCGUCGAGCUGCUGACGGGCGCCGGGCUGUUCAGCGUCGGCGACUUCGUGCCGGCGGUGGCGUGGAUGGACCUGCAGGGGGUGCAGAAGAAGAUGCGGGAUAUCCACCGGCGGUUCGACGAGAUGAUAGAGGAAAUGCUGGCGGAGCACGCGGCCGGGGCGGCGGAGCGCCGGCGGCAGGGGAGGACGGAUUUCGUGGACGUCGUGCUGGCCAACCGGCAGGGGGACGACGGGGAGACUGUCUCGGAUGUCAACAUCAAGGGGCUCAUCUUUGAUUUAUUCACUGCGGGCACAGACACAUCGUCGAUCAUCAUCGAGUGGGCGCUGGCAGAAAUGCUGAAGGCUCCGGCGAUCCUGGGCCGCGCGCAGUCGGAGCUGGACCGAGUGGUCGGGCGCGACCGCCGGCUGGAAGAGUCGGACAUACCGAACCUGCCCUACCUGCAGGCGGUGUGCAAGGAAGCCCUCCGGCUGCACCCGUCGACCCCGCUCGGCCUCCCGCACUUCACAUUCGAAGACUGCGAGGUCGCCGGCUUCCGCAUCCCUAAAAACAGCCGGCUGCUGGUCAACAUCUGGGCCAUCGGGCGCGACGCCAGCGUCUGGCCCGACCCGCUGGAGUUCAGGCCCGAGAGGUUCCUGCAUGGCGAUGCGGCGAAGAUCGACCCGCUGGGCAACUACUUUGAGCUGAUACCUUUCGGGGCCGGGCGGCGGAUCUGCGCGGGGAAGCUGGCAGGCAUGGUGUUCGUGCACUACUUCCUCGGCACGCUGCUGCACGCCUUCGACUGGCGGCUGCCGGACGGGGAGGAGCUCAUCAACAUGGACGAGACGUUCGGUCUGGCACUGCCCAAGGCCGUCCCGCUGAAAGCGAUGGUCAGCCCGCGGUUAUCCCCACCUGCAUAUGAAUGAUUUUUUGGAGCGCGUCGGAUGCGUCGGAUACGGAGUCUUGGUUUUUUUUUUUUUUUUUUUAAUAUAUAUUCCAUAUUUUUAUGGCUACUAGAGAUAGUGCAUCAAUAAUAAUAAUAAUAAUAAACAUAAUAAUAUUAUUGAGGUCAUUGUGUAAAAUUCAUCAUGUACAAUUUGUGCAAAACCAAGUAUGUAUACAUGCACCUUUAUUCAUGUUGCAUGAUUGUUUUCUUAA